GCACGGCACCGAAAUACGCCAUUCUGCGGAAGAUGUUACUGUAGCUAACACUAAAUCUGAAUCAUGUCGUCUUCAAGUACCACACCAGACCCAAAAGAUCCUGAUGAUAAGACAAGUAUAAGAAGUAAAAGUCCUGAUUUUAAUCGUCCAAAUAUGUCUUUGAGAAGGAUGGUGUUGGUUGGAAGAACUGGAGCAGGUAAAAGCUCCUCUGGAAACACCAUCCUGGGCAGGAGAGUCUUCAGAGAUGCCAAAAGUGCUUCAUCUGUGACCAAAGAGUGCUGGAAGGAGAGCGGAGAGGUUGCAGAUCAUCAGCUGGAGCUGGUUGAUUGUCCAGGGAUCUUUGAUACUUCACUCUCGGAGAAUGAAAUCAUAAAGGAGAUGAGUAAGUGUAUAAACAUGACGGCACCUGGACCUCAUGCUAUUGUCCUGGUCAUUAAACUGGGUCCGUACACUGAAGAGGAGAAGAGGUCAGUGGAAAAGAUCAGAGCUGUAUUUGGAGAAGAAGCAGAUAAACACACAAUCAUCCUCUUCACUCACGGUGAUAAACUGACAGAAGACAUUGAGAAAACUCUGAGUGAAGCACGGCAUGAUUUAACACAGCUCAUAAAAUCUUGUGGCGAACGGUAUCAUGUGUUCGACAACACUAAAAUUGAUGAUCGCAAACAGGUUUUGGAGUUCCUGGAGAAGGUUGAUGACAUGUUGCACAUGAAUGGAGAUCAGUAUUACACCAGUGACAUGUUUCAGCGUGUGGAAGAAAUGCUGAAGAAGAAGGAGGAAGAGCUGAGAAAGGAAUACAGUCAGAUUAUACAGGAUCUAACAGCCAAAUUUAAUGAAGAAAAGACCAAACUGGAGGAGACCAUUAGACAACUGAAAGAAUCCGGACAGGGAAAAGACUUGAAAAUUAAAGAGCUGGAAGAAAAACUGAAAAAGAAGUAUAAACAUUGUAACGAGUUUAAGCGUUUUUAUGAGCAGAGAUGCAAGAAUGCGAGACAAGAGGUGGAAGAGACACAUGUGAAAGAAAACCUCCCAGAGAUCAGCAGAAAACUACAAAAGCUUCGUGUCUGACUUAUUCAAAAACUGAUUAUUAUUAUUUUUUGUAUCAUUAGGCAAUAAUUAGCCCAUGGACAUUAUUUUUUAUAUCUGAUCUUUGAUUCUUACAGUUUCUAUUGCUGUUUCUCAGUGUUUAUGAAGUGUAGUUAUUUUAUGGCCAGUUUAUUGUGUAUUUAGCAUGAUGUUAUACAACUUUCUAUUGCAUGCAUUUAGAGCAAAAGGUAGCCUUUGUGUGUGUGUGUGUGUGUGUGUGUGAGAGAGAGAGAGAGAGAGAGAGUUUUUGUUUGCAAUUCACUUACAAUUCAUUACAUUACAUUGUAAUUACAUUGCAAUUUCAAUACAUCUGUCAACAACCUUUUUCAAAAC